GAAUUCGAACGCUCCUCCACGAACAGCAACAUCGGUGAAGUCAAAUUUUUGAGCCACGCUCUUCGGAUUUUUAGCAAAAAAGAGAGUUUGCUCGACUGAAGACCUCUGUGCGAUAGAGUGAAGUAUCACGAUGGUGCUCACGUGUCGAUUCUACGCUUCGAAGUACCCGGAGCCGGACGAUGUGGUCAUGGUAAAUGUUCGACAAAUCGCUGACAUGGGAGCUUAUGUACACUUACUGGAAUACGACAACAUAGAGGGCAUGAUAUUGCUUUCGGAGUUGUCCCGCAGACGUAUCAGAUCCAUCAACAAACUCAUCCGAGUGGGGAGAAAUGAGUGUGUCGUUGUCAUUCGAGUAGAUAAGGACAAAGGCUAUAUCGAUCUCUCAAAACGAAGAGUUUCAACCGAGGACAUCGUCAAGUGUGAAGAGAAAUUCGCCAAGGCUCGAGCUGUGAACAGUAUUCUCCGACACGUUGCCGACAAGCUCGGUUACAGCAAAGAGCAAUUAGAUGAUUUGUAUAUGAAGACAGCCUGGCAUUUCGACGAGAAGCUCAAGAAAGUCACCGCAGGUCACGAUGUCUUCAAGGCCGCCGUCACAGAUCCUAAAGUGUUGGAUGAGUGCCAACUCGAGAAAGAUGUUCUAGAUCUACUCCUACAAACAAUCAACCAUCGCUUGGCUCCGCAGGCCCUGAAAUGCCGUGCAGAUAUUGAGGUGUCUUGCUACGAAUACGAGGGUAUCGAUGCGGUCAAACACGCACUCCGUGAGGGCAUGGCUCUGUCGACCGAAGAGAUGCAGAUAAAGAUAAACCUGAUCGCGCCUCCACUCUACGUCAUGACAACGACGACCAUGGAUCGGAACGAUGGUCUCGACCUGCUCAACUUGGCGAUCGCAAAAGUCCAGGAAACGAUCAAAAAAGCCGGUGGAAUGUUCAAAGUCCAAAACAUGCCGAAAGUCGUCACCGAUAUCGACGAGGUUGAGCUGGCGAAGCAGCUCGAAUCUUUGGAAGAGGCCAACAGAGAGGUUGACGGAGACGAUGACAACGACGAUGACGCACCCCCGAAGGCGACGUCGAGUGGCGAAGAGGGGAGCGGUGACGAAGUGGCGGCGGAAGACUAAGAUGGGAUAGAUUUCACAAUUACGCUGGCAACAAUAAAUUUUGGAAUUAUUCGCUAGUCCGCGCUGCAAAA